UUUCCAAACAAAACAAAUAUGGCGACCUCCAUGCAUGGUGACAACAGCUGAAUUCCUGAAAGUUAUUAUUACAUAUAAUGAGGCUUUCGUUGAUUAAAUUUGGAGGAAUUCUCCUUUUUGUAUAUUGUAUUUUCAGUCUAUAUACCUUGUAUUUGUUAUAUGAUAAAAGAUAUGGUGCUGCUGAUAUGAUGAAAGCCAAGAAAAAGCUGUCAUUGAAAAGAACCAAAGGAGAGAAAAGGAACCAAAUAUCACCAAAAAAUAUCCUGAACAUGAAUAAAUCAUAUAACAGAACAAAGAAAAAACAAGUCGAAAUAUGGGGGAAAGCAGCAAUAGGAAAUUAUUUAUGGGAACAUAUUCUAGAAGGAAAAUUAGAAGCCCAACUAGGAGGAAUAUGGACAUAUGGUUCAUUGAUUCAAGAAGAUUUUAAAUUUAAGUUUCGGACAGGACCAGGUGUUGUACAAUCAGCAGUACCACAAGAAGUUGAAAAUCUUGUUCUAGUGUUGAAUGGUAGAACACAAGAAAAAAUUGACUUUGCUAGGUCGUGGCUGGACUACCUUCCGCACUACGCAGAUCUAAAGAACAUAGCUGUCGUCCUUCUUGGGAACGAGCAGUGCAAUAAUGAUUGGAUCCUACAGUAUCUGACCACUCAUGGUGGACUGGUCAAGCUGUUGUUUAUCACAUACGACACACAACUCAUCAAUGAUAAGAAUAUAUUCCAAUGGCCACUUGGUGUUGCAACGUAUAGAGGCUUUCCUGUGGUACCAGAUGAAGAGGUCCGAGUGAAUGUCUCUAGACCAUAUGUGUGUAAUUUCCUAGGAACAAUAUAUCCAGGGUCAUCGCGAGAGGAUUUGAUGAGCAGCAUCCGUGCAGCAGACCUACAGGACAAGUGCUUCAUCAAGGCCAGAUUAAACUGGGAACCUCUAGAAACAACUGAGAGCUUAGACGUCUACAAGAAGGCGUUAGCCACGAGCGAUUUUACCCUUAAUCCAGUUGGAGUAAACACAGAAUGCUAUCGAUUAUACGAGGCAAUGUCGUACGGCUCUAUACCAAUAGUUGAAGACACUAUAAGUGAGGGUGCUUGUGACAAAAGUGGAGACGCUCCUCUAAGAUUGCUAAGGAGAAUGAAUGCCCCAUUCGUAUAUAUCAAAGACUGGAAACAAAUUCCCGAAAUCUUGAAGAGUUUGGACUCUGGAAAUCCAGAAGAUGUGGUGCAAAAGAGAAGAGAUAUUGUGAAGUGGUACCAGUGGUUUAAACAGCAAAUGAAAGUACAGUUUCUGAAUGCAUUGAGGGAGAAAUUCACUUGGACUGAAAUAAAAAGGUGACGAAUAAACAAAAAAAACCCCAUUUUUUAUAUUAUCACCACACGUCCAAAAUUAUGAGUCCUGAUAUAAACUUUUACUGGGUCUUCAAGUAGCAUCACCAGAAUGCGAGGAAUUGCUACAUCCUCUGUGUUGUAACCUCGAAUAUCUAGAGACAUUAACAAAUUUGUGAGCAAAAAAGAGUAAGCCAAAUAUUGUCUUGAAAAUAUUAUAAAAAUUACUCUGCCAAGCAAGGGGUCAACUUAAGUUCUACAGUUGAGGCACUAAAAGACUUAAUGCUGUUAGCUGUAAUGUCUUUUUAAGUGUUGGCUGUCAGUAUCCAUGGGUUUAAUGCAUCUAGUGUCCUACUGUCCAUCAUUGUAUUGUCCAGUUGUCCCAGCCUAACUUCGCACCUCACAGUCUUAUUUUGGAUUUUCUCUUGUACUGUAACUGGUGUUAUUAUUAGACCCAAGGGGUCGUAAAUGACAUUCACAUGGCUCAAACACAUUCUUUUAGUAAGGAUUGCCUGGCUUAAAUAGCUUGUCUAUUUCUUGUUUAGCCUCCUUUCAUCUUCAUGCUUUUGAUGGACCUUGCAGGUAUCAGAAUAAGUUGAUUUCUGGCUACCCUGACAUAAGCCUUUAUUGUGUUAACUGAUGUAGUAUCGUCCUCAUAGUUCUGCUUUUCAGUUCUUUUCUCAUAUCCCUAAAGAUAUUUGAGCCAAUGACACAUGGCACCUUCUUCUUUCUUUCUGAAAUGGGAGAGUUAGAUGGGUCUUGUACGAUGAGAAAUCCUAAAUUUGUGAAAGUUCUUUCGAUAGCUUUAAUUGAGAGCUCAACAUAUCCUAUGUAGGAACUGCCAGUCCUCCUGCCCUGGAGAUUCGUACUGUACCUAAACAAGUGGCUCAGGUUAGUUUGCCAGCAGCAUCCAUGAGUUUUUUCAAUUCAUCUUUGGCUGCAUUGGGAUCUGCUCUUGCCUCUGCCGCUUUCUCCUUCUCUUCAUUCAGCUUCAGUUUCAAUUCAGGAGGUUGUUGUAGACUUUCGACUCUUGAACCAUUUGGUCUCUAUGGGUAGAUAGUGCUGUUUAACAGUAGAUAUCGCUUUUAACCAUACAUUCGUUGGUCUUUCAGCUAGGGGUUAGUUGUGAGUGCUUUGUGAUCCUGCCGACUACGCCAUUUUGUGAUAUGCAAAAUAAGUCAUUGUAAAGAUUCUUUGAAGGUGUCCAGGUUCUUUUAUUACGAAUGGCUCAUCGAAUUAAACCAAAACCACAAAACCCCCAGCUGUAAUUAAGUAAAAGUGUAUAAAAAUUAAUAGAUGAUAAUAGCUUAACUUCUGUCUCUUCUGAAACUUGGUAAUUAAGACAAAGGAUGCAAGGUUGACCUAACCAUAAAAGUCUCAAAAAUCCUGUUACCAUAGAGAACUUGAGAGAAGGGAAUAUACCAUUCAACAAAAUAGGUAAAUAAAUUGUGCUCUCUCCCAUUAUGAAAAGUUACUUUAAAUUCUUAGUGACAAGAUACACAUGUCACAUAGUCAAAGGUCUACAUUACAUUACAUAACCUGCAUGGAUAAUGUCUUCUCUUACCAUUGCUGGAAUAACAAGUCUGGUGCCAAACAGUGACAAGCCAUCUUGGACCAAGAUCAUCAUGGUAUGGUUGUAGAUCAGCUCUUGUUCCAUUAUUUCAGGAGCUUAUUCUCAAAAUACUGCAUGAAGAAUCAGUUUCUGAAGAUCGGCCAUCUUCUGAGUUUUCAAUGCACCUCUUCUUCUACACGUCACACAUUGGUGUACGUACUGACUGGUUGCACUGGACCCAUUUACGACCCAAUACCCGCGUUGCCUGAUGUCAUUUAACGUUGAGCUUCUACCCAUGUGAUUGAUCUCUUCAUGACACAUUCUAAUAAUCAGCAUCGUUAUGUGACUGUUCUUUGGUAGGAUUACCGGAUGUUACCUGAAUAUUAGACAUGAGUUCUUUAACCUCCCUCCAACUCUCAGUAGUCCGUCUUUAUCCAGAAAAGGGUCCAAUUUGGACAAACUAGAGGAUUUCUGGAGCAUCACCUUGCGUUCUCUAAGGCUCUGUUGGCCUUCCAUAGCUGCAAGAACUUGAAACUCCUUACCAAAGUAACUUUUCUGGACGAGUUUAAGCAAUGACAUUUCACCAUUUUUAUUUCCUGAACAUUCAUUUGUGGACUUAUUCCACCUGUUACGUCCAUCUUAGAUUUCUCAAGUAGUUUGUGCUUCACUCUUAAAUGUUGGGCUGCUGCACGACAAGCUUUCCAUGUAGAGUAUCUGUCAAAUUUCUCGGCUGCAUCUGUGGCCAUGGAAUUGUGCUUUACCUCACAAUCGAUUUCUUCAAAGAAUUAGAUUGUGUUGCUAUUGUUAUGGAGUCGUGAAAAAUAUAUUCGUAAACACGUUUUCUGCAAAAUAUAUUCGUAAACACGUUUUCUGCCGAAUGACUCCAAUGACUGUUGUAGGUGCGAUAUAUUAUUAUUAUUAUGUUGGAUAUUAUGUUGGCAUUAAUUGAUUAUAUACUCAUAAAUAAAAUUCGCAAAUACCGAUGUACGGAAACUAUACCAAAAAUUGUACUUUUAUUCUAUCAUUUAGUGACUACAUGUUCAAUAACAAAGAAUUAGGUAUAAAAUAGUUAUUUCAUCAAUAUGAUGUAGUAUGAUAUUGGUAUCCAUGGUGAUGGGCAUAAUCAUUGUGUCAAUUUCUCGGUGAAUGGUCAUUAGAGCUAAGCCUGACAUUCGCUCAGUUCCCAUAGUGGUGUAUUACUAUUUGAUCCAAAAGUGAUGUUAAUGUAUUGUGAUGCAAGUCUGUCCAAUCAAUUGGCAAUUUUGAUGAAAUUACGUUGUUUUUGUGUUUACCAUUCAUUGGUUCUCAUUGGUCUUCCCCUCCCCCUGCUUUUCCUAACCGUUUUGUCUCCAACAUGGUUGCUGUAUUUAUUAUCUUCAAGAGUGCCUUAUGUGAGGUAGAGUUGUCAGUUUUUUUCUGGCAUACCUUACAUUGACAUUUGAUGACCCAGUAAUGAUGGCAUGUGUGAACAUACUUUGUACUAAAGGUUGGUUGUACAGUACUUGAACCCUGAUGCCGUUUCUUGAGAUGACCUUAAAUUUCUUAUUUUUUCUUUACUACGUGUACGUCGAUGUCUUUUUGUGUACUGAUGGCGCACAAACUUUUCUUCGACAUUUUUACAUUUUAUCCUAUUUUUAUCGCUUUGUCUAGGGUAAGGUCAUCCCCUUCCCUGAAGCACUUUUCUUGCAU